AUGUCGCCGCGACCGCCCAGCUUUCUUCUCCCCAACUCUCCAUCCUGUCGCGUUCUUGAUCGGUUCAGCGAUUUACCUGACGAUGUUGAAGUUGACGAGGAUGAAUCUGGCUGUAUCCCCUUCUGGCCUCUGCUGCAGCAUCUCCUUCGCCUCCCUGUGUCAUCAGUCCCACAGCUCAUAGACCGGAUGCAGACCAUUGCCGCCAACGCAGGCACAUGUCAAGACAAUGAUUUUCAAACACUGAAAGGAUUUUUGAGUACUAGGGGCGAGACCAAAUUAUUCAGCACGACAUGGCCGAAACUACGCGACAUCGCCCUCAACCUUCCGACAUACUUUCCCAGCGGACAGCUUGAGCUUCUUCAACCAGGGCUUCCUCUACGUCUUAGCCGUGGCCAGGUCGCUUGUUUAGUCACACAUCAGUUUCUUUGCUCUGCUGUCUCUCAGAGAGAUGAUGAAGGCUACCAGGACUUGGGCAUCUGGUAUUCGUCUGAGCAACGACAUCCUGCAGCGGUAGAGAUGUACCUCGAAGCACUCUUCACCUACUUUGAGCGUCUACCCGAAGCUUCCGAUCUGCUUCAGGAUCACGAUAGUUUUACGGGUAGCACCGAAACCUGCGUCAUAUACGAGCUGUAUCGGAAAGAGGGCGAAGUGGCUUUGGAGGCGGCAAAGUUGGCACCAGUUCAUGUCAGCUAUCUUGACACCCACACAACCGAUAUACACAACUCCGAAUUCCAGGGGAAAGGAGGUGCUGCUGUCGUCUCUGCAAACAAGGUCAUCGGGUUCGGUCAGUCGGCGACACAGGAAGAGAUAUUUGUCGGCAUCGCCCCGGAGAGUUAUCCUGUCGUCCUGGUCACACCACACCUCGCAGAUGACACCGUCAUUAUUGUGUCAGGUGCAAGAGCCAUGUUAAGUGCCCAGGGUCAUCAGAGGCAGAUUGAAUGGAGUUGUAUUGGUGUGCCGUCCCUGGCCGAGGGUGUCGAGCGGCCGGGCGGUCGACUCGUCUUCAUGGAUGCGUUGGAGAUGGACAUGCUUGAAUCACCAUCUAAAGGAUUUUUACCUGAUCUGCACCCAGAGAACGUCGACCGAGAGAUCAAAAAGGCAACCACAGGCUUCGAAUCCUACCAAGGAGAUGCUGUCUUCACCGGACUCUGGGGCUGUGGCGCGUUCGGAGGCGACCCAGGGGUAAAGCUGGCGGUUCUCUGGAUUGCAGCGGCGGUGGCGGGAAUUAGACUUCAUAUAGUUCUUGGCCCUGGAGAACACGAGCUCGGAGUUGCAUUCGAGAGGGUAGCCAAGGUCGGUGAGGGCUCAUCUGCAAAGGUGAUGAGGGACACGUUGUUGAAGGCUCCGGAGAAACUACGAAGGGAAGGGAUCCUGGAGUGGAUUGAACAAGCGGUGUCAGGGACUCCAUGA